UUCGCAGAGUCUCGAGUGCAAGUGCAGAGCGCAUUUUCCAUUUCGGCAGUGCAUUACUUAUUCAGAGAUUGGUGAAAACGGUUCGACAUUGAUUGUUCGUCUUAGAGUUGGCAGAAUGAUGAAAUUGCAAUUGAAUGUGGUGUUUUUACUUCUGGCGGCCCACGCUGCGUAUGCGCAACAUCAGGACUAUACCACUCCAGUGCCGAUCCUCAAGCAGAUCGACAAGCACAACGACGAUGGAUCCUAUACGUACGGGUACGAAGCAGCGGAUAAGAGCUUCAAGAUCGAGACAAAGUAUUCCAAUGGCGAGGUCUAUGGAAAGUACGGCUAUGUGGAUGACCAGGGCAAGGUGCGGGAGAUCGAAUAUGGAGCCAGUAAGCGUGGCUUUGAGCCCGCUGGCAGCCACAUCAAUGUGCCACCUCCAACGCUGACCAACAGCAAUCCCUAUCCCCUGGGUCCCAAUGAGCUGGAUGAUGGUCAAUAUCGCGAGGACCCUGCGGUUUACUACAAGGAUCAGAAGUUCAACCGCCCGCUGUCACCUGCCAGCAAAUUCAGUUUGAACGACUUUGGGCGUGGCCAGCAGCAGGCGUAUGCCCCGCCCCCGCAGCAGCCCGCCCCUCAGCGACCCUAUUAUAACCCCACGCCCCAGUACUACAAUCCCCCAGCCCCGCAGCCCCGGUACUACCAACCCCCUGCCCAGAACUACUACAAUCCCCAGCAGCAGCAACCGUAUAGGGGAUUACCCGAGCAACACCAUCCGUCCCUCCGGAACUUAAACCUCUACACGGGAUCCUAUAGCAUCGACUAUACGGGCCGGAAGUAGGAAGGUCUAUUGGAUUGGGGGGGAUCACCUUUGAGUUGGGCCAGAGAGUCAGCGACUGAAGUGUCCGAGGACAAUGUCAACUUGUUACUGCCAAAAAAAUCAGUCACUCCGCACAACCCACAUAUAUCUAUUAAUGUACACUGUUUAUAAAUGUUCUUGUAUGUGUGUAAUAAAUCGAGUUUCGAGAC